GUGUCAGUCUAAUCUCGCCCCUCUAAAAAUACUACUAAAAUAAUAAAAUAAUAAAAAAUUCAAAAAAUUUUGAGAGAGGAGAGAGAGAGCUACGCCUCUAGAAACUACGAGAAAUUGCUGAUUAGGGCAAAGUUAGCUGUGGAUACAGUGGUGAUUUUGCUUUGUUCUGAGACUCAGAGGCUUUUGAUUUUCUAGAAAAGUUUUUGAAUUUUCUUGGGAUAAAGGUUUUGGAUUCCAGAAAGCAUAAUUCAGGGAGAGUUUUCCACAGUAGCCAUGAUAUUUUAUCAAAAAAUUGCUUGCAUCUUCAGUGGUGGAUAGAAGAUUCUAAGGAAUGUCAGACUUGUGCAUGUAUGAGCUUGAAGAUAAUGUGUGGGAUGAAUUUAGUGAGAGUGAUGACCAUAUAGUACCUCAUCCUGCUGAGGAAAGUAGGGAUCAAUUUAGAGUUCACAGUGAUAACCAUAAGAAACCACGACUUGAAGUAAUUGGUGUUGCGAGUAAUGCUGGUGAUGCUUCUAGAUAUACUCAGAGAAAAGAGGAAACUAGCUUGCCUACCCUGACCAGGAAGGAUAGGAUGCUAGAUAAGGGUUCAUGGUCUCAUGCACCUGAUGGUGUAUUUCCUGCUUCUUGUGAUAGUGGCACAGUCAAAGAAGUGACAAGUAUAGCAUUUGAAGAAACAAGACCAUCCUAUCAUUUUUUGAAAAAUGGGAAUGCUGGUUCUGUUGGAGGCGAGUUCUGUUCUGAUGAUCCCAUCUUGGGUGAAAAGAGUACUGCAGAUGAUACUGACACACAUCUUUUUACACUCAGUCACGUAUCCCAGACAGACAAUGAUCUUAACUUUUUUGACAAUGAUCGUGAAGACAAAGAAAACAGCGAUCUAUUAUAUUAUGGGUGGCCUGAUGACAUAGGAAAUUUUGAAGAUGUUGACAGGAUGUUUAGAAGCUGUGAUUCAACAUUUGGGUUGGGUAGUCUCAGUAAUGAGGAUGACUUGUGCUGGUUUUCGUCAUCUCAUUCUGCUGAAGGAUCUGACGAUGCACUGAAGUUGGCUUCUAAUUUUUCAAGUUCUGAGGCAAGUGCAUUGAAUUUGAGUUGCAUAUCAGAACAUCACGAUGCAUCUAGACUGAACAAUGAGGAUGCUUCGGUCAAUGAUUCUAACAAGGGAAGUCUAUUAAUGGGUGACAAAAUAAGUUCCAAUACUGCUGGAGCUGCUGACAAUUCUCCUUUUACUCACUUGCAUUUUCCGAGCAGAUCAGAUGCAAAAUCUAUUAAUAACCAUAGAAGUCAGGCAAGGCAACGAAACCACUCAGAAGGAAAGAGAAAAGAACGAAACCUGGAUAAUGGUGGUUCUUUCCAUCGUAAUGGUAACUUAAAGCAAUUUGCAGAUACACAGUGUUCACAUGGGGAUCCACCUCAUCAAGUUUUUUCUCCUCCAGGUGCCCAGCAACGUAAACAAAACAUAGUUUCAGAUUCCUUGAAUCACUUGCAGACACAUAUUCCAUACAUGCAUAUGGACCAUGGUCAUUCUUCAAAUCAAACUUCAGUUGGUCCAAAUCAAUCUGGAAUCAAAUCUGAAAGUAAUGGCCUCCCAUCUCCUCCUCCAAAGGAGUCUUCAUUUGAAUCAAAUCAAGUUCAAUCCAUGGAGAGUUCACAUAGUCCCUCAUUAGAGGCUCCUGCUAUAACAACUGAGAAGAGGGAAAGGCUGUAUCAUAGCCAGGAUUUACAAGUCCCAUAUGCCAGGAGUUUCAAAUGUGCAAAUAUUGCUAGUCCUACAGCAUUUUAUGAUUCAGUUCAGAGUCAAGCCCGUCAAUCUGGGUGUGAGGUUGAAGGUCACAGUGAGAUUGAAGGAGGUAGCAUGGGGAUUCCAGCAGAGCUAGAUUCUGCAAAUGCUCAGGAAAGCUCCUGCAUGAGCUCUGUGUUAGAUGAAAUCUCGCUACAAGCAACCAGUUUUCGUCAGCUUCAACAAGUCAUGGAACAGUUGGAUAUUAGGACAAAACUGUGCAUAAGAGAUAGUCUGUAUCGCUUGGCUAGGAGUGCUGAACAAAGGCAUAAUUGUGUGAAUGCAAAUGGUGGUAAGAGAGAUGACAGACACACCGGCAGUCCAUUGAUGGCCGAAGAAACAAACAAGAGCACUGGGUUCCUUGAUAUGGAAACGGAUACAAAUCCCAUAGAUCGAUCUAUAGCACAUUUACUGUUUCAUAGGCCCCCAGAUUCAUCUGUGAUGCCUGUCAAUGAUGCUUUGUCUCUAAAAUCUCACGCCAUGGUUCAUGGGUCUGUAACCAGUCCACGUAUGAUAGCCAAGGAACAAAUUUGCCAGGACGAAAAUGCCAGUGAUGCAGAUGAAAGUUUGUUAAUGAGUGGCAAUAAACAAUAAAGAACUAACAUGACUCACUCAUUGUAGAAUUUGCCUUUUUUUUUUUUUUUUAGAGUAUUGCACAUCAAGAUGUACAAUAACUUUUCAUGAGGCUCCAACAUAGAUACCAGUUCAAUUCUUUGUUUGGAUCCUCAACAUUUCUCAGAUGUUAUAUGAUCAACCCUGAUGUUUAUCCUUGGAUUGGCUAACAUACUUAUCUGUUUGACCGUCUUA